AUGGUAGAGUUUGCCAUCAACAACUCGGUGCAUGCGUCCACGACACAUACACCGUUUUACGUGAAUGGCUUGCGCCAUCCGCGUGUACCCACCUUACUAGAGUGUAACUCUGGUUUAAGGGGGGGAGGGACUCGCGCGAGCAAAAACCGAUUUGGUUCACGCUCAUCACGCUCUGACGAAGAAGUCAAUGCGUUUGAUGCCGAUAUCGACAACAUCGAUAUCGAAGAAGAUGAUGCCAGUGAGAGUGCGGAAGCCCUCACUGAAGAAGAUGAUCCCAGUGAGAGUGCGGAAGCCCUCACUGAAGAAAAGGUUGAUGUUGCUGCAGUGCGCUCACAGCACACUGAAGCUAACGAGUCAUCAGAUGAGUUCAUACUGGCUCGUGAAACGGUAGCCCGUUUUGUGCAAGACUCCAUCGCCGAAGCGGUGACUUAG